AUGACAUUUCCAACAUUUCGCCAGACUGUUCUAGCACUCAACAAGGAAAAAUAUUUUAAUACUGAUAAUGUGAUCCUUGGAAUUCGUGAGCAUCUAGACCUUACAGGCAAUCAGCUUCUCUUUUUGUUUUUACACAACGAUGAAUUCCAGACCAUCUUUGACUUUAAGGGCUGGAAAGCUGAUAUGAAGAAAGAUAUUAACGGUAACCCCAAGGGUAUAUUCAAGGGCAUAUUAUACAAUGUUGGAAGAUUUAUGAUUGGUAAUCCCAACUUAAGCUUCAUUCAGCCUUUCCUCUCAGGAACUGCACCACAAAGUGUAAUUCGGCAAAGGGAACCUACAAUGUACACUUUUGAAUUUGUCAAUUGUUCUCUGCUGAAAAUGCAAUCACGAAUUGACAUAAUGAAACAUUUUGCAAAUAGCAAAGGCUUUCCUUUGGAUGUAUGGAGCAUGCAAGAACAGAUGUAUUUUUUGUUAUGUGAUACAGGUGGACUCCCACGAGCAAUUGAGUGUCUAUUGAAAUGCUGCUUUGGAAAGAGAUAUGAAAUAACAGAAAUUUUUUUUCAAGGUAUUGAUUUGUUGGAUUAUAAUGCAAUCCACAAUAAUCUGGCAAGAGAUGUUGACAAUAUGUACACAAUCACAACAUGGGUCAUUGAACACAAUGAACUUGCUGAAGCCAUCAUUUAUCGAUGUCUUGCAGCAAUGCCAUCAAUGAAAUCAAACAUUCUCUCAGUCAAAUAUUCUGAUACUCUGGAGUCUUUAGAGCAUGAUCAACAUUUGAUUCUGACAGAUUAUGCUGAAAAUGACAAUCGUAUCUUGAUUACAUUACCCCCUAUUUUUAUUCAUCUUUACAUCCAAGCUCUCAAAUUAUUUGUAGUAGUAGGCAAGUUGAGUGUGUCAUUCUUGCCAGGAUGGAAAAUGGAAUGGCAUGAUUUUGAAAUACUUGUUGCAGAAUAUGUGGCAUUUCGUGAAAUUGUGGACUUCAAGUCAGGUGUGAUUGUGAAUGGGGAUAAAGCAUCAUUUGCUGACUCUUUUCUUGUUUUUGAAAAAUCAGAACUAAUAGUAUGCAUCCAAAAUAAAUUGUGGAGGGGCUAUUUCAAGAAGGCUGAUGUGAAGGAAGAACAUAAUAAAAAUGUGGCUGCAGUUCAGAGCGCACAUUGUAAUUUUGGCAUUAACAACUAUAAUGUUAUUACAGUAUUCAUAUCAUCUGCUGAUUUCAAGGAAGAUAUUAGUGGCUAUUGUGAAGAACCUCUACCAAACUGCCUUAUUAUAUAUCGGCAUAACUUUGAAGACUUCUUUGGACAUAUCCUCAGUUGCCGUGCUGCUAUGCAAAUUUCUAGAGAACGUAAUCCAAAUUUUACUCCUCCAGAUUGCUGGUUAUCAGUUUCAAUCCUUGGAAUUCGUGAGCAUCUAGACCUUACAGGCAAUCAGCUUCUCUUUUUGUUUUUACACAACGAUGAAUUCCAGACCAUCUUUGACUUUAAGGGCUGGAAAGCUGAUAUGAAGAAAGAUAUUAACGGUAACCCCAAGGGUAUAUUCAAGGGCAUAUUAUACAAUGUUGGAAGAUUUAUGAUUGGUAAUCCCAACUUAAGCUUCAUUCAGCCUUUCCUCUCAGGAACUGCACCACAAAGUGUAAUUCGGCAAAGGGAACCUACAAUGUACACUUUUGAAUUUGUCAAUUGUUCUCUGCUGAAAAUGCAAUCACGAAUUGACAUAAUGAAACAUUUUGCAAAUAGCAAAGGCUUUCCUUUGGAUGUAUGGAGCAUGCAAGAACAGAUGUAUUUUUUGUUAUGUGAUACAGGUGGACUCCCACGAGCAAUUGAGUGUCUAUUGAAAUGCUGCUUUGGAAAGAGAUAUGAAAUAACAGAAAUUUUUUUUCAAGGUAUUGAUUUGUUGGAUUAUAAUGCAAUCCACAAUAAUCUGGCAAGAGAUGUUGACAAUAUGUACACAAUCACAACAUGGGUCAUUGAACACAAUGAACUUGCUGAAGCCAUCAUUUAUCGAUGUCUUGCAGCAAUGCCAUCAAUGAAAUCAAACAUUCUCUCAGUCAAAUAUUCUGAUACUCUGGAGUCUUUAGAGCAUGAUCAACAUUUGAUUCUGACAGAUUAUGCUGAAAAUGACAAUCGUAUCUUGAUUACAUUACCCCCUAUUUUUAUUCAUCUUUACAUCCAAGCUCUCAAAUUAUUUGUAGUAGUAGGCAAGUUGAGUGUGUCAUUCUUGCCAGGAUGGAAAAUGGAAUGGCAUGAUUUUGAAAUACUUGUUGCAGAAUAUGUGGCAUUUCCACCAGCAGAACCGCAUACAUGUUACGAUAAUGAGUUUACACCAAAUCAAGCACGCAAGGUUAAAUCAGUCAGCUGCGCAAUGGUCGAUGAAAAGCCAAAAACAAAGACCCUUAAAAAUCAAGCUGCAAGUAGCAAUAUGUUCACAAUAAACCUCAAGUGUCUAAGCCCAAAUGCAGCUUUUUGUGGAAAAGCCAAAAAAAGUUUGGAUGUUACAGGAGAAACGAUUACCAAAGUUCUAAUGUUAAAAGAACCUAUUGUUGUAGACAUCACUUUUAAGCCACUAUCUCCAGGUGUAAUAGGUCAAACAGGAGUGUCUAGAUUUAUACCGUUGAAAGGCUCGGAUGGAGUAGAUAGAGCGUAUCCACAAGGAUUAGUAAAACAAUUCGGACUUCCAUCACAUCCGGCAUUUUUACCUUUUGACAUAAUAGCAGAAUUUAGCUCUGAAUUGAAUUUUUGGUUUGAUGAUGAUACAACACCGAUUGCAAAAAAUCAGCUAUCAUUUUCAUAUAUGACAUUGCACGAAUUCGUGCAUGGCUUGGGAUUUUUAUCAUUAUGGAGUAUUGAUGAUUCUCAAAUAGUAGUGAUGCCACCAAUUAUUGCAAAAGCUUUGGAUGCUUCACAAGAAACAAAGCAAAAAAUUAGAACAAUUUUACUAUUAUCAAGGAUGAAUUUCCCGACACCAGCAGAACCGCAUACAUGUUACGAUAAUGAGUUUACACCAAAUCAAGCACGCAAGGUUAAAUCAGUCAGCUGCGCAAUGGUCGAUGAAAAGCCAAAAACAAAGACCCUUAAAAAUCAAGCUGCAAGUAGCAAUAUGUUCACAAUAAACCUCAAGUGUCUAAGCCCAAAUGCAGCUUUUUGUGGAAAAGCCAAAAAAAGUUUGGAUGUUACAGGAGAAACGAUUACCAAAGUUCUAAUGUUAAAAGAACCUAUUGUUGUAGACAUCACUUUUAAGCCACUAUCUCCAGGUGUAAUAGGUCAAACAGGAGUGUCUAGAUUUAUACCGUUGAAAGGCUCGGAUGGAGUAGAUAGAGCGUAUCCACAAGGAUUAGUAAAACAAUUCGGACUUCCAUCACAUCCGGCAUUUUUACCUUUUGACAUAAUAGCAGAAUUUAGCUCUGAAUUGAAUUUUUGGUUUGAUGAUGAUACAACACCGAUUGCAAAAAAUCAGCUAUCAUUUUCAUAUAUGACAUUGCACGAAUUCGUGCAUGGCUUGGGAUUUUUAUCAUUAUGGAGUAUUGAUGAUUCUCAAAUAGUAGUGAUGCCACCAAUUAUUGCAAAAGCUUUGGAUGCUUCACAAGAUCCGCCACUAAUAUUUAAUGGAUUUAUAGAUGGUAUAUUUGAUAGGUUUGUAAGAGUGAUGUCAACUGGCAAGACAUUAAGCGAUUUGACAGCCGAAUUAAAUACUUUUGCACCAAAAGGCACGCAGUUUGCUUCAGUAACUGAGUUUACAGCCAAAUUUACAGCAUCCACUCAAUUUAAAAUUGUAACUGAUAUGUUAAAAACUGCUACAACACCUUUAACACUUGGCUUCUUACCAAAAGGCUUGGAUUUUCAAACAGUUACACCAAACAAAACUGCCAAUGAUCCAUUUCUUUAUUUGGAAACCAGUUUAGUCCCUUAUAUGCCAGGAUCAAGUGUUAGUCAUGCGAGUCAAGCAUUGUACCUGAAAAGCUUUGAGUUCCUAAUGACUUAUCAAGAACCUGCAGCUAAAACGUUGGCUCAAGCAAUUAUAGAUGGUGGAAAUUUUGCUGGAGGUGCAAUCGGACCCAAGCUUAUAUCCGUUUUAGAAUCGUUGGGAUAUGCAACUCCAAAUAAUCCAAAUCCAGAAAUUCCAACUUUGAGUGAUAUACCUCUUUCUAAGAGGAGAUAA